AUGAGUGAAAAUUGUACUAAAUCAGCAGAUCAAUGUCAAUAUAAUGAUAUUAAUGAUUUUCAUUUGAUCAAUCGAUUUACUUGCAGUUUACACGGCGAAUAUGUUCAACGUCAUCAAAUUUUACUUCAUGCAUAUUCAAAUGAUGAUUGCACCUGUCAACAUUUUCUUAAUAGUCGAUAUACAAAUGAUUAUGAUGAGUAUGAUCAACAGUUUUAUUAUGAACAUGAACAAAAUUCUGAAACAAAUGAAACUGAAAGUUGGGAUUGA